ACCAAAGACUGGGGGAGGGGUGGGGGCUGCGCUGGAGGCAGGUUUUCUGGGCCACACGGAGGUGCAGCGGCGUUGGUGGCUCAGUGGCUGAGCGUCGAUACUCCUGUCCCCACCCCGCUAGCCAGCUGCCAGCUUUCCCGUUGGCAACAGGCGGGGGGACCCCAGCAUGUGGAGGCAGAAUGGCUGGCUCAGAGUCACCUCGAGAACCCAGGACUCCCUGGGGCGGGUGCUGGCUGGUGCCCUGACGCCCCGCCCGCCCCUCGCAGACUGCCUGCUGAUGCUGGCCUACAGGGACCGGGCGGAGCGCGCCAAGGGCCUGCGGGAGCGCAGCAGCCUGACGCUGGAGGACAUCUGCGGCCUGGAGCCCGGCCUGGCCUACGAGGGCCUGGCCCACACGCUGGCCAUCAUCUGCCUGUCGCAGGCCGUCAUGCUGGGCUUCGACAGCCGCGAGGCCAUGUGCGCCUGGGACACCCGCAUCCGCUACGCCCUCGGCGAGGUGCACAGGUUCCCCGUGACGGUGGCGCCGGGCACCAAGCUGGAGAGUUGGGUUCUUAAGACUCAGCGCAAGGAGGUCCCAGCCUGGCGGGCGCCCCAUGGACCCCAGCCCCCACAGGAGCGACGCCACGCCAGCCGCACGGCGGCUGCAGCCGGACACUUCACCUUCUUUAGGACCAAUCACGGCAACGCGGAGAGGGAGCUGCAGGCGCCAGCAGGUCCGACCGCUCACAGGAAUGGGCGCUGCGGCCCGGCCGGUGCCAAGUUCCUUUACGCUCAGGCAUCGACAACCCGCCUAACUGUCACCCCAGAGACCAACCUUUGA